GUCACCUACUUCAUCACUUAUGGCACAGCCAUGGCCAUGUACGCCUACUUUGUGCUUACACGCCAGGAGUAUGUUUACCCCGACGCUAGAGACAGACAGUAUCUGCUGUUCUUCCACAAGGGGGUGAAAAGGACACGCUUCGACAUUGAGAAGUACAACAAGCUGAAGGAUGAUAUCGCUGAGGUGGAGUUGGAUCUAAAGCGUCUUCGGGAUCCGCUCCAGCUCCAGCUCCCAGUUCAGCAGCUCACCGCCAGUAAAAAUUGAUGGAAGGAGUGACUCCCUCCUCUCUCUCUCUCUGUCUCUCUCUCUCUCUCUCUCC